GUGGACGGUGUGCUGUGGAGAUCAUUUAGCGCUGGUUAUAAGCAAAGCAGAAACGCAGUGACAUUUUUGUGUGCAUAUUUGUUUUUGGUGACAGUGAGGGUUUACGGAAUUGUGCAAUGUCAUGAUUCCAGACUAACGCCCUCCACACCCCGCUUCUCCACCGCCCGAUGCUCCUCCUUAGGAGCUGACUGGGCCAGCUGUGCGAGGGGCGGCCACGGGAGCAACGCGCACCGCCGCUAUCUUAACGGAGCCCGGCUCCAGAGCCCUGGUCGGGGAAUUAAAGGCAGAAGGGAUUCAAUUGCUGGUUUGUGGAAUAAGGAGGAAGGCGGAUUUCUCUUCUUGUAUAGAAGAGGACAGUAUUUUCAGGCGUGGAAAAGUGUUUUGUCUGCUGUUGACCUCUGCCUCAAUGUGUACAUAGUUCGGGAAUUCGUAGCUUGCAUAGCUGCCUUUGAGCCCAGACGCCGUGGCCCCAGUGAGAUGACCCCCCAGGCCUUCUGAGAGAAAAUAACACACACACCCAGCACUCGCAAAAGCAAGAUCUCUGCUUUUUGUUUUCCCGUAGAACGAUGCUGAAGCAACACUCUGACACGGCCCCAGGAAGCGUUUCUUCCUCACGCGGUCCCAGUCUCCCUGGAUCACCGGCUAUCUCCAUCGUGGCAAGAAUGGACAAUCAAGUCAUAGGUUACAAGGACCUGGCAGCGAUUCCAAAGGACAAAGCCAUCCUGGAGGUUGAGCGGCCAGACCUAAUGACCUACGAGCCCCACUUCAGCUUCUCUGCACUGGACCGGACCGAUGUGUCUCGGAGCCGGGAGAGGUCCAUGUCGCCCCACUCCAUCUCACCCCCGCCCUCUCCUGAGCAUGUAUCUGCAUGCAAGGAGUCCAAGGAGUGGGUGGAGGAGGGAUCUCCAGGGGGCUCUUUGGCGGGAUCUACAACCCAGAUCCGCAAAGUAAGCGCCACCAAAGCCCCCCCGCAGCAUUUCCACAGGCCAGAUAACGGUACAAACUUAUACAAGAAGCCCCCUAUUUACAAGCAUGAUGUUUCCGCUACAGCCGCACACGGCAAGCACAUGGAGGACACCAUCAUCGAGUCAUCCAAGUUCCCUGCUGCCCAACCUCCUGACCCCAACCAGCCCUCCAAGAUCGAGACGGAAUACUGGCCCUGCCCCCCCUCACUGGCUGCUAUCGAGACGGAGUGGAGAAGAAAGAAGGUUGUGGAAGGCACAACUGAGGAGGAGGAAGAUGAGGACAACCCGAUGGAGAUGGAAAGGAGAAAGAAGCAAGAAGAGGAGCUUAGCAAGAUCCAGUCCAACCUAGGAAGGCUGAUCCUGAAGGAGGAAAAGGAGAAGGUGGGCCCCAUCCGCAGAAAAACCCGCUCGCUGCCCGAUAGGACACCUGCAGCAGGAGGACAGCCGGCCAGCUCUCUCAAGUGCUCCUCUCAGUCCGCCUGCAACCGUGGUGGUCUCACCCGGCUUCAGUCUGCUGAGUUUGCGUCCUCUAUUGGUGAAAAGGUGCAAUCAGGUGUACAGAAUGGAGAGUCUCAGAGGGGCAGGAUGGACAGAGGAAACUCUCUGCCCAGCAUACUGGAACAGAAGAUCUAUCCUUAUGAAAUGCUGGUUGUGACCAACAGGGGGCGCAAUAAGCUCCCACCUGGGGUUGACAGGACAAGACUGGAGAGACAUCUGGCUCCUGAAGAGUUUGAGCAGCUGUUCGGAAUGUGCAUUGAGGUAUUCGACCGGCUGUCACUCUGGAGACGGAACGACCUCAAGAAGAGAGUGUCACUCUUUUGACUGGAGUGGAGGCCUUGCUCCGCAUAAGCACCUCCGACUCUUUCAUGG